AUGCUUUAUUAAGAUUCUAGAAGGGGGAUUUAUUAAAAUUACUAAGACCAAGCUAAAUUGAAUCGACCUAGAUCCAUUUCAAAUAAUGCCAUUUCAUAUAGUAUCCAAAACCAAUAGCAGAAAUAUAAGACUGAUAUUGCUUCCAAUUAUCAAACAUCAAUCAGUGAGGUUAGACAAGUUAAUCAGAAUCAAAGAAAUCACUCUCUCAUUUAAGGAGGAGAAAACAAUCCCAAAAUACUUAAUCAACAACAACCCUGCGAUUAUAACAAUUUUCAUGCUAUUAAAUACACAAAUGAAAUAUUGAAGGAAAGAUUGAAAACUGCAACUUAAUGCAGAAAUAAUCAUAUAGAUUAAAUUAAAGAGGCAAGGUCUUAGGAAAAAUAAUAAAAAAUUGCAAAUAGUUCCCAAACUAGAUAAAUAAAAUAAAGUGACAAUGAUUUGUAAAAUCUUUUGAGAUUAACUAAAACUGAAGCCGUCAAUCAUAAUAAGACUGAUCAUAGUAAAGUUACUAGUUCAGAUAUCAGAUAGAGAAUGAAGAAUUACCCUUAAAAGUCAUCGAGUCCUUCGAGAAAAACACACACUAGACCAAGAUCAUCGAUGGAGGACAAGAGUGUGACCAUCAUGUCAUUUUAGUUAAAGGAUAUGAAAGAAAAUAUACAGUCAAAAGAUUUGUAAAAGAUCUGUUACGAUAUGGGUUAUCAUGUGGUAAAAUUUGAUAGGGAUUACGAUAAAAUAAACAACAGACUCAAUGGUCAAGGGUAGUUGUAAAUAAGAGGAACUAGCAAUGAUAGUAAAUUUCAGAAUUUAUAAGCGAAUCUAAACAAAAAGGGAAUCUACUUGGGGGAUUAAAAUUUGAACCUAAAAGAUAUUAUUUCAAAUAAAUAUUUACUAAAGAAAUAGGAGCACUCGUAAGUUGAACCAAAUUUAAAUUAGGAUGAAAAAUUGUUCAAUAAUUUUUUGAAAUUUUAGAGAAGGCAGAGAGGAUAAUUUAUUUGA